AGUACGUAGGUAACCUUCGGUGAGAGUGGCCGUAGCUCCCGCUCAAAGGUUUCGCGAAAACUCGAACAAAUUAGAUUGUGUAUGAACGAAAGUUUUACUUCAAUAACGCGAAUACCAUAAACAAUGGCAUCGCCGACAAACACUAAAAUGGAAGCCAAGGCCCCUAGCUUCGGUAUAAAGAUACGGCGGUGGUGUCGAAGUCGCCGCUGUCAAUUGUGGAGAUUACUGCUCCUGCCAUUCAUCCCUAUUCUGGCCCUGAUCGUUCAAACUACGCUGUCCUUGAAAAAUAGCCUUACUAACGGAAGAGAGGUGGCUGAUGUGGAAGAACAGGUCAGCCGAGCGACAGAACUCGGAAAACUGGUGACCAGGCUUCAGCAGGAGAGAUCAGAAGUUGCAUUCUUUAUCUUCACUAACGGCAGCACGUUGCGGUCAAAUCUGACACAGCGGUUUGCUGAUACAGAUAGUGCAGUACAGCAGAUGGGUGACCUACCUAUGCUUGUCUUCAAGAAUCGAUCCAAGCCAGUUGACGGCAACUCUUUCCUAGCGGAACUUUCAGCUUUAAGAGCGAACAUCAACCCGGGUACAUCAAUGACGGAGGCUGUGGAAUGGUACACCAACGCGAAUGCUGCAUUGCUCAUUCACCUGACAAAGGAGAUAAAAGAUACGGAUAGCAGCACUGUAUGGAGAUACUUGGUGGGUUUUAAGAACCUUUUGCGAAGUAUAGAAUGCAAGGGCAUCGCAUCAGUGCUUGGGAUAAAUUACUUCGCUCGAGGAUACUUGCAGCCCCGAUCACACGAAAGAUACAUAGCGCAUAUGGUCCUGGGUCGUGAUCUUCUGGACAACACGCUUAACUUGGUGCCGUCUUUGAUACCACUACAUAUGGACAUCAAAGAAGAUAGCCCCGAAUAUCGAGUACUGGAAAAGAAGAACCAGCAAAUCGUGGACAAUAAACCACAAGACGGCAGCGUUAGUGAUGCAAUAGAGUACUUUGAUCAAACGGCGACCCUACUGGAUAAACUUAGAGCUGUUCAAAAGCAGCUUCGGCAAUACAUCAGGGAAGGUGUGAACCACAGCCUCACUGAAGCCAGGCGAAGUGAAGCAGUAUGCGCUGGUAUACUUGUGUUGGUAUGCGUGGUAUCACCAAUAAUCAUCGCUCUAGUGCGGAACGCCGUUAAUACCAUACAGAUUUACGCCAGGAAUCUCUCCGAGAAAGCCCGAGAGCUUGAAUACGAAAAGGAACUCAGUGAUUCGCUCUUAUAUCAGAUGCUGCCACCUAGUGUUGCAAAGCAGUUGAAGCAAACUCAACAGGUGCCUGCUGAAUUCUUCGCUUCGGUCACAGUUUAUUUCAGCGACAUAGUGGGCUUUACAGCAAUAGCAGCCGUUUCGACGCCAUACCAGGUGAUCAGCUUCCUCAAUUCAGUUUACAAACUCUUCGAUGAACGUAUUGAGUGCUAUGAUGUCUACAAAAUUGAAACAAUCGGAGACUCUUAUAUGGUAGCAUCGGGACUUCCCGUGAGAAAUGGCAAUAAACACGCAACAGAAAUCGCUAGUAUGGCGCUAGAAUUGCUAGAAGCGACAUCUAUGUGCCGACUCCCACAUCGGCCUGAUCAGACACUUUGUAUGCGGAGCGGUAUUCAUACGGGACCCUGUGUGGCCGGUAUAGUAGGAAGCAAAAUGCCCAGAUACUGCCUCUUUGGAGACACCAUUAACACUGCCAGCAGGAUGGAAAGCACAGGGGAACCAAUGAAAAUUCAGAUUUCUGAAGACGUGAAGAGAGCGUUGGAUAAAUCUGGUCGCUUUAUUACUGCCCCGAGAGGAUUAGUCGACGUUAAGGGCAAAGGAGAAAUGAUGACCUACUGGCUAGAAGGCAGGACGGAUCCUUCCCCAGUUAGACCCACCACCUCAUCCUUAGACUGCACGCCGAGCUUUUUAGCCAGGAUCCAUUCAAAAGGCAGAACUUCGCCGAGAUAUAUACCGGAAUCGAUGCGAGCAAAGCACUGAAGAUACUUCAUUAAAAUAAGCUAUUUAGUAGAAAGACAUUUAUAUUUAUAAAUUAGUAGAAAUAUGUGUCGUAUUUAUUACUAGCUGUUCCACGCGACUUCGCCCGCGUGAAAUUUAUAACGAUUAGAUUUCAUGGGAUUUAAUUUUUUUUGCGCGGUAAAUAAUUAUUUUGCUAAAAUAAAAGUAGUCUAAGUUACUCUUAAUAACAUCAUCUAUCUGCCAGUGAAAGUCCCGACGAAAUGAAUUUUAGUUAUUUGUAUAGAUUUAAAUAGGAAUCUAUAGAAAUUGGUGAUGUUAUAAUCUAUUUAUUGUCAAAGUAUGGAGUACUGAUAUCACGCGUUCAACAUUAGUAACUAAUUUGAAUUAAUCAAAGUACAUAAAUACACCGUGUAGUAAUGGUGUAAGAAUAUCCACUAACCCAUAUCGUCCCGAGUGUGUCAUAAUAGGCGACAGAGGGAAAAUAAAGCUGAAGAUGGACAGCAGCGUCUUCUUGAUAGGAACGC